AUGGGAAAUUUGACUGUCUCUCCACAAUGGAGGACAAACUCUACAGUCUUGGAGAGGCCUUCAGGAAACUCAGUUUCAAGCCAGCCGGUGAUAGGAAGACACACAAGAAGUAUGAUACCCAACAAAUUACAAAAGAGAAGACAGAUCCAGGUUGCCCCAAAGAAGACAAAGUCCAAACACAAAGAUAGUCUUACGUCCAUACUUUCUCGGAGGAUGACUAGUUGCAUCUUUCAACAACCUGUGACCAUAAUAACUUCACACCCUGAGAAUAAAACCAGGUACAGGAGAGAGGAAGCUCAGCUGAAGAAACCCACACAGCUCUGUGCAUUGAAGAGAUUGCAGAACUAUCAAGUUGGAGACAGUAAAGGAGGCCUAUCAUGUCCAAUGAAGUUUACCAUCCCCAUAGAAAUAAUUGCACUGGGAAUGCAGGAUGAAGCCAACAACCACAGUGGUAUUGAGGAUCUGCUCACUCCUGGAGAAGCCACCUCUGUCCAACCCCCAUGCUUGGAAAAGACUGAGCAAGUGGCUCUUCAGUUGUCACCUUCUUUCUCCAGUCAAGGGGUAACAAUGCCACUGCCCCUUCAUCUGUCACCAUCUUACUGCAUUCAAGUAACUAAGGCAGACAUCCUGAGACAGACCUGGAAGGUAAAGAAAGCCAGGCAGAGACUGGCAGAAGCCUUGAAGGCAGACAGGCUUGCCAGGCAGGCAGAGAACAUGAGGGAGCAAAGAAGAGUGGAAAACACGCGUUGA